AUGCCUGCUGCUCCUCCUAAUAAGCAGACUAAGGAGCUCACAAAGGCGGAUAUAGACACUAUAGUGGCGAAGGGCGACCUCCGAGCCGCCAGACGGCUUCUUGCUAUCGAAGGGGAUGUGCCCUUGUCUACAGUGGCCACUAGGCUCAAGGCGGCUCUGAGGACAUGUUGCGUGUAUAAAGUGAAGGCCGGUGGGCUGGUCUAUACUAAACAUAGCAGUGACGCCUCCUUGGACCAGUACUGGAGGGCUUUGCAGUCUAUGCUGGAACAGCUGCUACAGUCGCAGUCCGAGCAGGCCAUCACGUUGGGCAGCCGACUCAUGGUGGAAGCCAUCAAAUCUGAGCGCGAUAUAGCACAGAGCUUCCCUACGGAGGUUUUACAGUCAACUCUACUGUCAAUUAUCGUUAACGUCUAUGACCCCGACUAUGCGGCUGCUGUCUUCAUUGGGGAGCUCGCCAACACACACUGGGAUGUCUACACUCGAGUACUGUCCUACCUGAGGUUGGUAUGCACCGCAUUGGCUGGAGUCGAGACUAGCAAUACUCGACCUGUAAUAGCAGCAGUGGAGGCCUCUGGUGUGGACCAGGAGGAGAUUCUAGAGAGGAUCUAUACGCUGUUGGAGGCCUAUGCCCCUCCAUCCAAAGGCAUAUGCCAGACUGAGCCUCUCGAUACGGCGGGCAAGGCGGCCUGCAAGGGUGUUGUCAGCUUACGGAAGGCGUUCCAGGAGGCGUGGUUGGCAUUCCUCCGUUUGGACCUGUCAUCGGACCUCAUGCGUUUGGUCUUGCGUCACUUGCCUAGUAAUGUGCUCCCUUACCUACCCUCACCACAGUACUUGGGUGACUUCUACUUCAAGGUAGAGGAUACCACCAACAGUGUGCUGGCCCUAAGUGGUUUGUUCUACCUCCUCACCCAAGCUAAUAUUGGAGAUCCAUCGUACAUAGACAAUAGUCUAUCAGCCUUCUACUCGCGACUCUACGCCCUGCUCACGCCAGCUACACUCGUCUUACCGUACCGUCAUCGUUUCCUUCGACUGCUGCUCUUGGCUUUAAAGUCGCCCAUGCUACCCGGAAGCAGUGUUGCUGCUUUUGCUAAGAAGCUGUUACGCUGUGCUAUGCUGGUGCGGUCUCACAGCGUGGUGAUGUGGCUAGUCACGGCAGCGUAUACGAUAAUGCAGAGGAAUCCAGCAUCCUGUAGGGGCCUGGUACAUGACCAGGGAGAAGCCUCUCGGAAGGAGGUUGAUGGAGCAGAGGCGAGGUAUGAGGAGGAUCCAUGGAAGGACGAGAUGAGCCUUGAUGAGGCCGUGAAGAUAAUACCGUUGACGUCACUGUGGGAGCUACAGUGCCUUAUGAGGCACCACUCGCCUUCCGUUUAUCGCCUUGCUCAGCUAUUCCGUACUAACAUGUUCGCGGAGACUGCCAAGAGGAUAUCGCCAGAUGACAUGCUCGUUGUGACGGACAAAGAGCUGUUUGACCGAGAAGUGAACUACCAGUGCAAACGAGGCCGAGUAGCCCCGCCUGCGGCUAUUGGCUUCAUAAGAGAUGAGGUCCAGCCGAUUUACCAAGCUGCCGAUGAGGUAUUUUUCAAGAAAGUGAUAUCUUUGCAGUGUUUUCAAGACAUGUCCAAUCGCCGUGCUGUGAGUGUAAAAGUACACCCUCUGGCCCUGCUCAACAUCUCGGACCACAUCACUCGGGUAUCCUAUGCAGAUCAGUCGGUCAGUGCAGUGCGGGGCUUUCUAAUCGGGUACUCUGAUGGUGCCGACAUUGUCAUCACCAAUAGCUUCCAAUGUGUAACGGAUGAGAUGGUAUGUGUUCAGCACGCAUGCACACGGAUUCGACAGUAUGGUGAGAUUUUCCCCAACUCCACCCCUGUUGGAUGGUAUUCGGUGGCGGCUGGGGGUCCGCCUUCAAAUGAGGUACAUGCCUUUAUGGAGGGCAUCGUUGGUGAUGAAGGGGCCGAGUCUUUGGUCGCACUAGUGGUCCGGUCUGAUAAUGAGAUGGCUUGGUUGAGUAAGGAGAGCGAGACGUUGCCGAUCCAAGCCUUUGAGAAGAGUGUUGAUGGUAGUUUUAUAGAAUUGGAUGUGAGGGUGUGUAUGGAGGAUGAGGCUGAGAACAUCGCGGUAUCACAUGUGACUAAGAAUGCUAAACAGGCCAGUGCUGCUGGUACGUAUGAGCAUGUCGUGGAGCCGACACUGGGUGCCAUCGCGAUGCUCAACAAGAAGGUCGAAUCGUUGUUGGAGUAUAUAAGAGCUGUCCAACGUCAGGAGGUAGAAGUCUCUCGACCUCUACUGCGCUCGAUAUCGGCCAUAUGCGACCAGCUGACGGCAAUGUCGCGGGCAGGCCAGGAGGGUACUGCUUUACGAGCUCAUUGGGAUAGAGUUAUAGAGGACUCCAUGACGGUGGCGUUAGCUGCUGAAGGCACGGCUAACAUCGCUGAGUUUUGUGCGACUGUGGACACGAGACGUAUAGCUGCUGCACGGGCCCCUAAGGCUUUGGAUUCGUAA